GUCCUGCGAGGCUGGGCCGGCGGCGUCGGCGGCGGGAGGCGGGUGACCCGCGGCGGGGCGCCUCGGCCAUGACUGCGGAGUUGCAGCAGGACGACGCGGCCGGCGCGGCCGACGGCCACGGCUCGAGCUGCCAAAUGCUGUUAAAUCAACUGAGAGAAAUCACAGGCAUUCAGGACCCUUCCUUUCUCCAUGAAGCUCUGAAGGCCAGUAAUGGUGACAUUACUCAGGCAGUCAGCCUUCUCACUGAUGAGAGAGUUAAGGAGCCCAGUCAAGACACUGUUGCUACAGAACCAUCUGAAGUAGAGGGGAGUGCUGCCAACAAGGAAGUAUUAGCAAAAGUGAUAGACCUUACUCAUGAUAACAAAGAUGAUCUUCAGGCUGCCAUUGCUUUGAGUCUGCUGGAGUCUCCCAAAAUUCAAGCUGAUGGAAGAGAUCUGAACAGGAUGCACGAAGCAACCUCUGCAGAAACUAAGCGCUCAAAGAGAAAACGCUGUGAAGUCUGGGGAGAAAACCCCAAUCCCAGUGACUGGAGGAGAGUUGAUGGUUGGCCAGUGGGGCUGAAAAAUGUUGGCAAUACAUGUUGGUUUAGUGCUGUUAUUCAGUCUCUCUUUCAAUUGUCUGAAUUUCGAAGACUUGUUCUCAGCUAUAGUCUGCCACAAAAUGUACUUGAAAAUUGUCGAAGUCACACAGAAAAGAGAAAUAUCAUGUUUAUGCAAGAGCUUCAGUAUUUGUUUGCUUUAAUGAUGGGAUCAAAUAGAAAAUUUGUAGACCCGUCUGCAGCCCUGGAUCUAUUAAAGGGAGCAUUCCGAUCAUCUGAGGAACAGCAGCAAGAUGUGAGUGAAUUCACACACAAGCUCCUGGAUUGGCUAGAGGACGCAUUCCAGCUAGCUGUUAAUGUUAACAGCAGUCCCAGGAACAAAUCUGAAAAUCCAAUGGUGCAGCUCUUCUAUGGUACUUUCCUGACUGAAGGGGUUCGUGAAGGAAAACCCUUUUGUAACAAUGAGACCUUCGGCCAGUAUCCUCUUCAGGUAAACGGUUAUCGCAACUUAGACGAGUGUUUGGAAGGGGCCAUGGUGGAGGGUGAUGUUGAGCUUCUUCCCUCUGAUCACUUGGUGAAGUAUGGACAAGAGCGUUGGUUUACAAAGCUACCUCCAGUGUUGACCUUUGAACUGUCAAGAUUUGAGUUUAAUCAGUCCCUUGGUCAGCCAGAGAAAAUUCACAAUAAGCUGGAAUUUCCUCAGAUUAUUUAUAUGGACAGGUAUCUUGAAGAGACAGGGAAGAUGGUGGGGCUUGCCAUCCACGAUGACUUCAAAGCCCUUCAGAACUUUCAUCCCAAGUCCCUCACCAGUGACAACUCCCAUAUCCUCCUCCUCCUUCCCAAAUGGAAGGCUGAUUACCUGGUGAAGGUCACCAUGUCUUUGAAGCGUCUCAUCAAGAAGCUGCUGAACGGGGACAUACGGAUCUUUUGUCAGCGAAUCUUAAAAUGCAAAACCAAUUUGGGCAGUAGCGUACCAGUGUCUUUGCCUCUUAGGUAUGUGAAAUAUGGCUCAGGCCCAGCUCGGUUCCCGCUCCCUGACAUGCUGAAAUACGUUAUUGAAUUUGCUAGUACAAAACCUGCCUCAGAAAGCUGUCCACCUGAAAGUGACACACACAUGACAUUACCACUUUCUUCAGUGCACUGCUCGGUUCCUGACCAGACAUCAAAGGAAAGUACGAGUACAGAAAGCUCUUCUCAGGAUGUUGAAAGUACCUUUUCUUCUGAAGAUUCUCAACACAAGUCUAAACCACUUACAUCUUCUCGGUCUUCCAUGGAAAUGCCUGCACAGCCAGCUCCAAAAACAGUCACAGAUGAGGAGAUAAACUUUGUUAAGACUUGUCUUCAGAGGUGGAGGAGUGAGAUUGAACAAGAUAUACAAGAUUUAAAGAAUUGUAUUGCAAGUACUACUCAGACUGUUGAGCAGAUGUACUGUGAUCCUCUCCUUCGUCAGGUGCCUUAUCGCUUGCAUGCAGUUCUUGUUCAUGAAGGACAAGCAAAUGCUGGACACUAUUGGGCCUAUAUCUAUAAUCAACCCCGUCAGAGCUGGCUCAAGUACAAUGACAUCUCUGUUACCGAAUCUUCCUGGGAAGAAGUUGAAAGAGAUUCCUAUGGGGGCCUGAGAAAUGUUAGUGCUUACUGUCUGAUGUACAUUAAUGACAAACUACCCCACUUCAAUGCAGAGGCAGCCCCAAAUGAGUCAGAUCAAAUGUCAGAAGUGGAAGCCUUAUCUGUGGAACUUAAGCAUUACAUUCAGGAGGAUAACUGGCGAUUUGAGCAAGAAGUAGAGGAGUGGGAAGAAGAGCAAUCUUGCAAAAUCCCUCAAAUGGAGUCCUCCACCAACUCCUCAUCACAGGACUUCUCUACAUCACAAGAGCCUUCAGUAGCCUCUUCUCAUGGGGUUCGCUGCUUGUCAUCUGAGCAUGCUGUGAUUGUAAAGGAGCAGACUGCCCAGGCUAUUGCAAACACAGCCCGUGCCUAUGAGAAGAGCGGUGUAGAAGCAGCACUGAGUGAGCUUAAAGAAGCUGAACCCAAGAAGCCCAUGCCCCAGGAAACAAACUUUGCAGAGCAGUCAGAGCAGCCUCAAAAGGCUAAUGAUGCAGAGUCUACUGCCCAGCCUAAUUCUGAGGUCUCUGAAGUCGAGAUUCCCAGUGUGGGAAGGAUUCUGGUUAGAUCUGAUGCAGAUGGAUAUGAUGAGGAGGUGAUGCUGAGCCCUGCCAUGCAAGGGGUCAUCCUGGCCAUAGCUAAAGCCCGUCAGACCUUUGACCGAGAUGGGUCUGAAGCAGGGCUGAUUAAGGCAUUCCAUGAGGAAUACUCCAGGCUCUAUCAGCUUGCCAAAGAGACCCCCACCUCUCACAGUGAUCCUCGACUUCAACAUGUCCUUGUCUACUUCUUCCAAAAUGAGGCACCCAAAAGGGUAGUAGAACGAACUCUUCUGGAACAGUUUGCAGAUAAAAAUCUUAGCUAUGAUGAAAGAUCAAUCAGCAUUAUGAAGGUGGCUCAAGCGAAACUGAAGGAAAUUGGUCCAGAUGACAUGAAUAUGGAAGAGUACAAGAAGUGGCAUGAAGAUUAUAGUUUGUUCCGAAAAGUAUCUGUGUACCUCCUAACAGGCCUGGAACUCUAUCAAAAAGGAAAGUACCAAGAGGCACUUUCCUACCUGGUAUAUGCCUACCAGAGCAAUGCUGCCCUGCUGAUGAAGGGGCCUCGCCGGGGGGUCAAGGAGUCCGUGAUUGCUUUAUACCGAAGGAAAUGCCUUCUGGAGCUGAAUGCCAAAGCAGCUUCUCUCUUUGAAACAAAUGAUGAUCACUCUGUAACCGAGGGCAUUAAUGUGAUGAAUGAGCUGAUCAUCCCCUGCAUUCACCUUAUCAUUAAUAAUGACAUCUCCAAGGAUGACCUGGAUGCCAUUGAAGUCAUGAGAAACCAUUGGUGCUCUUACCUUGGGCAAGAUAUUGCAGAAAAUCUGCAGCUGUGCCUGGGGGAGUUUCUACCCAGACUUCUAGAUCCUUCUGCAGAAAUCAUUGUCUUGAAGGAGCCUCCAACUAUUCGACCCAAUUCUCCUUAUGACCUAUGUAGCCGAUUUGCAGCUGUCAUGGAGUCAAUUCAAGGAGUUUCAACUGUGACAGUGAAAUAAGCUCCCACGUGUUCAAGGCCCAUUCUGGUUUCUGGCUGCCUGCCCCUUGCACAGAAGUCCGUUGUCACAGUGCUCACCUUGGGAAAAGGAUUAGGUGGGCACAUAAGAUUCCAAUUCAGACCCCAACGAUGCUGGGUGUGUAAAGAAGGAUUGAAAAUAAAAUUGCACUUUUUAGGUA